AUGAUCCUUGUGAAUCAGAACGAGGCACAAGCGACGCGUUUACCACUGCGCCGGUCCCCGUUCGUUUUUUACGCACACGUGUUACUCAAAGCGUUCCGACAGGCAUCGGCUGUAAUUUAUUGGUGCACGACGCGUCGGCAUUAUCCGGCGAAUACAGCUUGUCGAAAGCAGCUACGGUACUGGAGGGAAAGAGGAUGGGAGGAGAUGGAUGAGGUUCGACUGGGCAAGGAGCGCGCCUGUAUAGACACCGACACUUCCGAUACGGAGCUGGAUUCCGAUACCGAAGAAGACGUUGAUCCCAAUAGCCAGCUGGGCGAAUGGCUGGGACACCUGCAGAACCUGAGCCAGGCGGUCGGCCGUGAAACCGUCACUUCCGACCUCGGCGUCGUCUGGAAGCGCGAUUGUGACUUCUUUUCUGCCUCGAUGAUUACGGAGGAAGUGGAGCGAUUGUGCUUAUUCAUGGCAUCAUAA